UCUCAGUGUUGGCGAUAGAGAUUGCCUGUGAAGCAAAUUCGUGCUUUUUUGGAUUCCUUUCUAAUAUUGGUACAUUUGAUUCUGUUUUGUAUAUGCGUCUGAAAUUACACGUUGGACCUAUUUUGAUAUUAUUCGUUCGGACUGGAGUAUCCGGUUGAUUUUACGGGACUACUGAAUGUGUGUUAAGCAGCCAGUGCACGGACUGUGGGAUUUGAAAGCAAGACUACACGCGCCUCUGCUGCUUUACGGUUCUGAUAGCUAAUGAAUCGCACAUUGGAUUGAACUUCGGAAAAGUUGAACGGUUUCAUGGAGUCGAGUGGAAUUUGUUUCUGAAUUCACUGAAUUCUGUUGGAUAUUGUCGCUGGACUCCCAAGAAAAAAGAAAGGAAAAAAAGAGCAUCGGCGAGGUUUUAUUUUAUUUUCUAUUGCGCACUACAACAAUAUGACAACUUUAAAUUAAUUAACUAAAAUAAAACAUCAUAUUUCAAACAUAGCCUACUCUCCUCCCGCCGUGCGUAGAGACAAUCUACAACGUUUUCAGUAUAAUGACCUGAGCUGAGUCUGGAGAUUGAGGAAUAUCUCCGAAGUAAUAGAAGAGCGGUGCGGAUUGUCAGAACAUGAAGUCAGUUGCAAGUCUGUUUGUUUUAAGUGUGUUGCUGUGUUCAACGACCGUGUCCUGGAGCGCGACUAUCUACAACCAUGGAGUGGGCAUCUGUAAGCAGGAUUCCUGUGAAUUUGGAGGUAUAUACAACUUCAGCACCUUCCUGUUGGAUCAUGCGUCUGGAAUGCUCUACCUUGGUGCACGGGAUGCAGUCAUCGCUGUGGAUACUGCAAACCUGUCAAAGAGGAAGACAAUUGAGUGGAGUGUUCCAGAAGAGAAGAGGAAAUCUUGUGUUGCUAAGGGAAAAACAGAGGACGAUUGCAAGAACUAUGUCCGUCUGCUGGAGUUUUUAGGAGAUGGACACAUAUAUGCCUGUGGGACGUUUGCCUUCGACCCCCAGUGUGCCUUAAUUAACAUCUCUUCAUUCUAUCUGGAGAAGCAUGAGGAUGGUAGUGUGAAGAUGGAGACUGGGAAGGGGAAAUGCCCCUUUGAGCCCAGCCAGCAUUACACUGCAGUCAUGGCAGGAGGGAUUCUUUACACUGCCGCCACUAGUAACUUCCUUGGCACAAUGUUCGACAUUUCCAGGGCAACGGGCAUUGAGCAGGAACGCAUCCGGACUGAGCAAUCUAUCAACUGGCUUAGUGAUCCAGAGUUUGUUAGCUCUGCCUUCAUUCAAGAGAACGAGGAGAACAACUCAUCCGGAGAGGAUGACAAAAUUUACUUCUUCUUCACUGAGGUGGCCAAAGAAUAUGACCUCUACACCAAGGUCAAAGUGCCCAGAGUAGCUAGAGUCUGCAAGUCUGAUGUAGGUGGUAUGAAGACUCUGCAGAGGCGGUGGACUACGUUCCUGAAGGCCCAGUUGGUGUGUGAAGAUCGAGCAAGUGGACAGAGAUUUAAUGUACUCACUGAUGUCUUCACUGUACAGCACCAGCCUGGAAAUCCCAACAGCACUCACUUCUACGGCAUAUUUACCUCACAAUGGGAACGGGAAGAGCUGUCUGCAGUGUGUGUGUACAGUCUGGAGGAGAUAACUAAAGUGAUGAAUGGACCCUUUAAAGAGCUAAAGAAGAGCUGUGAGAACUGGAUUAACCCAGAGCCCAUACCUACACCACGACCAGGACAAUGUUUGAACAAUGCUCUAAAGGAGCAGGGCUUUGAGUCCUCCCUGAAGCUGCCUGAUAAAGUACUGACAUUCAUGCGCGAUCACCCGCUCAUGGAGAACAGUGUGGUGGCAGCACCCCUGAUGAUCAGAAACGGCAUCACAUACACUAAACUAGCUGUUACCUUAACAACUGUCUCCAAUGGCCCCAAACAUCAAAUGGCCACGGUUUUACAUCUUGGAACAGAUCGUGGACAGCUACACAAAGUUGUUGUGGUUGGUCCGAAUGCAACUCUUAUUGAAGAAGUCCCUCUGUUUUCUGCACAGGAGCCUGUGAAUAACAUAUUGCUAUACAAGGAUGAGGCUCUGGUUGGUUCUCCUCUCUCUCUUGUGAAGUUACCCAUAGUUAGUUGUUCCCUGUACACUAACUGUGAGUUGUGUGCACGUGCCCAUGGACUCGGCUGUGUAUGGAGACAUAAAGAGGGAGCUUGUGCAAUGGCAAAGCCUGGGGAAGUGGUGGAGCCAGAGGAUUUGGUCAGCCAAUGCAACAAAGAAGGUCUUUGCUCCCCACCUGUAAUUGAAAUGCGUGUUGAAUAUGGCCUACGUGUUCUGCUUUCUUGCGUGCAAGUUUCUCCUCGCCCCUGCCGCUGGAACCAACCUUCACAAAGUCACACCCGCCGCCACAACUACGACCUGGAGGUGGAGGUCAAACCGGAGAGCCUGGGCACCUACAUUUGCUUGUGUGAUGAAGUGGGGCGAGAUCAGCCACCCUGUCGUAGAGCAGAGUACCAGCUCACCCUUGACAACCCCAGCAUAGGGGGGAACGUGGCCAUUGCAGGCGGCCGUCACUUCCUGGCCUCGCACAUUUUUUUAUUCUUCUUAGGUUUUAUUAUGGGUGUCAUAGUAUUAUUUGUGGUCUACAAACGCCAAGGUGGCCUAAGAGGAGCUGGACACUCAUCAUCCACAUUAGAGAAGGGGCGGGACUUGCUUCCUUCCACAGACACACCCCAGUCUCCAAGCAGCGGCAGUCUGUUUUCAGAGGCUGUUCUGUUAACAGAGAAAAGGAACGGAACAAUAAAUGGACACGGUGGACACAUCGUCCACACUGGUGGACAAAACAGCAUGCAUAUUUACACCAACUCAAGUGGACUGAAGCUGCAGGAGUCAGCUGUUAAUUUGGCAGAGGAGCUGGAUGGUAGAGAAAGGAUGUUGACAAAGGGAGAGGAGGAGGGGCUUGGGGAGAUGCUGAGUGAGAUGGAGGAGGAGUUUCCUAAGCUGCAUUGUCUAAGAGGGGCACCGCUGGCAAAAUGCGAAGAAAGCUCUAUCUGAAGGCAGGCACACACCAUUUUUUAAACAGAACUGUGUUUGUGCAUAGGCUCACAAACACAGGAAACUCAACCAUUUGGUGUGUUUUUCAAAGUAUGGAGGGCUGGAGAAGAAGAGGAGAGCAGACAAUCAAAGAAGCUGAAACAUACAUUCCAAAUAUAGAAGAAAACCGUAGGCAGUCGCACAAAGAAGCACCCACACAAUCAUAUGUGCACACGCAAACUAUGUUACCUGGAAGCUCAUCUACUACUCCAUUACCUUCUCAUCCAGUUCAUUCAUUCAUAUGUACAUAAAGUGGUGUGCAAUUCCAUGUUCAUCCUGCUGUUUCUGCAUGUUUUUGAUCAGACCAUUGUUCAGAAUUAUGAGCAGGCAGUGUUUAUAGGUAGUGCUCAGCACUUUCACACACCUUUUUCAAAGCCAUGCAUGCAGAAAAACACAGUUCUGUAUGCUUGGUCUGGUCAAAGUCCAAGGUCUUUUGAAGUGAACAUAGUACAUAGACCAGAACAAAACAGAACCAGUGAAGUCUGCUCAUCCUGGACAGAUUACUGAAAAUAAGCAGAUUUUAUUUGAAUCACCAAAAAGGGCUUGAAUCCACUCUGUACUUGAUGGUUCACAGGAGCAAAUAUGAAAGAAUGACAAGAGACACUGGAAAUCAUGAUUACAUAAUUUUUGCCUUACAGAUAAAGUGGUAGUCUUGAGUACUGCUAACAGCUGUACUGUUGCCUAUGAUCAGGCUGGAAUGGGAGAGGGGGGGCGGGGGUGUGAUUGUGUGACCCAAGACUGUAUCUUAUAAAGAAAAAAAAUAGGCUUCCAAAGCGGUGUGCCCAAGGGCUUGUGGUGGCCAAGAUUGAGUGAGAACAUAAAGAGAAAGGCACAUGUAACUCUUUAGCAAUUAUCUCCCUUUAUAGAGUAUGUCAAACUUGUGAGCUGAUGGUAGGUUGCAUACUUGCAAAUGAUUCAGCCACCUUUCCAGAGCAAGUUAGGAGAUGCAAUCAAGUCAAGAGCUAUAAGUAAAGUUAUGCUUCUCUGGAAUGGGUUCGGCAAUAUUUUGUUGUGUCAGAUCAGAAGCUGUCACAUCACUGCCAUCUGUAUAGGGACCAGAUGUAGCAUGUUCUAUUCAUAAUAAUCUGCACACUUAAAUGAAGACGAGGAGCACGUAAUGAUGGAUGUCUCUCUUUUUAGCUUGAAAGCUUAAUGAAAUUAGAUGGAAGUGUUCAGGAUCGAAACUAAUAGUGAAGGAAAUCAUUGAUUGUUUUAAGUUUCUCUUUAAAGGAAGAGUUCACCCAAGAAUGAAAAAUCUCUCACAUGGUAUGAACCUACAGGGCUGAGAUAUUAUUCAAAGAAUUGUUGUUUGAAUUAAGCAGUAGAAAGUCAUACACAUCUUGGAUGGCAUGAGAGUGAGCAAAUAUUAAAAUAAUUACAUUUUUGGGUGAACUAUCCCUUUAAGGUCAGAGAAUGUGCCUCCUUUGAAGGUAUAUUUAUCCCCACUGAAGUGCAUGAGACAAAGUAGUUUAAAGGACAGAACUACAAAUCUAUAAUACCAUGAAUCGGGCUACGGCACUCUUAUUUAUGUAGCCAUAAUGAAGUAUGUAUCAGGAGUAUGUAUGUAAAUAUUUGUGAAUAUAAAAGAAUAUGCGGUAAAGAUCUUCUAAAUGCCUGCUUUUUAUUCUCUCUUUGUGAUUGAGAGUGGCAAAGCAUUUAACUCUUUUCACCACUAGAGGGAUUCUUCCUAACUUUAUCAAACUGUCACUCUCCCAUCUUCAAUGUUUGACCACUUUGGAAUGCUAUUUCUAGCCAAUUUCUUAGAAAGACUUAUUUAUUUUGUAAUCCUUAAACAAAAAAAACUAUUAUAUAAUUAUAUAUAUACACACACUUAUCAGCCACAACAUUAAAACCACCUUCCUAAUAGUGUAGGUCCCCCUCAUGCUGCCAAAACAGCGCCAACCCGCAUCUCAGAAUAGUAUUCUGAGAUGAUAUUCUUCUCACUACAAGUGUACAGAGCGGUUUUAUGCGUUCCCAUAGACUUUGUUAGUUUGAACCAGUCUGGCCAUUCUCUGUUGACCUCACUCAUCAACAAGGUGUUUCCAUCCGCAGAACUGCCGCUCACCGGAUGAUUGUUUUUUUUUGUCAACAUUCUGAGUAAAUUCUAGAGACUGUUGUGUGUGAAAAUCCCAGGAGAUCAGCAGUUACAGAAAUACUCAAACCAGCCCAUCUGACACCAACAAGCAUCCAUACAAUUAUCUAAUCAGCCAAUUGUGUGGCAGCAGUGCAUAAAAUCAGGCUUCAGUUAAUGUUCAACCAUCAGAAUGGGGAUAAAAUGUGAUUUCAGUGAUUUGGAGCAUGGCAUGAUUGUUGGUGCAGAUGGCCUAGUUUGAGUAUUUCUGUAACUGCUGAACUCCUGGGAUUUUCACACACUACAAUCUCUAGAAUUUAUUCAGAAAGGUGUACAAAAAAAUGCUAUUCUGAGAUGCAGUUUGGCGCCAUGAGGAGGACCUACAUAAUAUUAGGCAAGCCAUUUUCAUAUUGUGGAUGAUCGGUGUAUGUGUAUGUAUGUAUAUAUAUAUAUAUAUUUGUAACAUUAUGUCAAACAAAGUAAAACUCUGGUUUAUGUUCAAUAUACUGUAUCUUGUCUUCUGGAUGGAUCUCAUUGUCAGCAUUCACUAAAGUAAUAAUAACAACAGGUACACAACCCAAAAUUGCCAUAAGAAUGCUAUUUCCUAUUCCUAUUCCAAUUCUUCCAUCUCUAUCCUCCACCUUAGUAAAUAUCCAGUUGGUUCUUAUCUAUGGCUUGUUCAGAAUGUUUUUGUUUAAUAUUAAUACAAAUAAGAUCAUUUAGUGUUACAUGCUCUUUGUUGUUCAUUCUGAAUAAGAAAUAUGUUAAUUUCUGUACAGAUAUGUAGUAUUCUAUGUUUAUAUUUUUAUAAUUUAUAUAUGAUGAAGAUAAAUGUACAUUUGUGUUGAAAACAUUAAUUGAAGGUAUUUGUGAAUGGCUGUAUGUGUGAAUGCAUUGUGAUGCUCUUUGGAAUAAAAUAAAAAAAACUA